UCGUCCUCCUCUCCUUCUUCGACCCGGCCCUCCGGAAAUUCAGGACCAACUUCGACUUCAUGGUCCUCAACCUCUCCUUCUGCGACCUCUUCAUCUGCGGGGUGGCCGCCCCCAUGUUCGCCUUCGUCCUCUUCUUCGACUCGGCCCGAGGCGUCCCGGGCGCCUUCUGCUUCACCUUCCACCUCACCAGCCCCGGCUUCAUCAUCAUGUCGAUCAAGACGGGGGCGGUCAUCACCCGGGCCCCCGCCGCUGGCCGGCUCCAGCUCGUGUCGGCGGUCAACCUGUCCGCAGCCAAAGACUCCAGGGCGGUGGUGACGUGCGUCGUCAUCGUGCUCUCCGUCCUGGUUUGCUGCCUGCCCUUGGGCAUCUCUUUGGUGCAGGACGUGCUGUCCAGUAGCGGGGGCUUUGUUCUCUACCAGUUCGAGCUGUGUGGGUUUACCCUCAUUUUUUUCAAAUCUGGACUGAAUCCUUUUAUAUAUUCCCGCAACAGCGCCGGACUUCGGAGACGGGUCCUCUGGUGCCUGCAGUACGUAGCCCUUGUCUUUUUCUGCUGCAAGCAGAAGACGAGGCUUCGGGCCAUGGGCAAAGGCAGCCUGGAAGUCAACAGGAACAAGUCAUCCCACCACGAGACCAAUUCAGCGUACAUGUUGUCUCCAAAACCUCAGAAAAAGUUUGUGGACCAAGCCUGCGGUCCCAGUCACUCCAAGGAAAGCGUGCUGAGUCCCAAGGCUUCUGUCGGGCCUCAGCACUAUGCCCAGAGCAGCUCCACCCCCAUGAACACCCGAAUCGAGCCCUAUUACAGCAUCUAUAACAGCAGCCCUUCCCUGGAGGCGAGCACCCCAAACAGCUUACAGCCCGUGAGCUCCGUGUUCGGCUUUGCCAAGCCCUACCUUGCCACGCAUCAUCACACCACCACCGACUUGGUGCGAGACCGCGACAGCGCUUCGACGAGGCCGAUACCAGUGCCCUCGGUGUAA